AUGAUUUCGGGCUCCUUGAAUCCGCCCCGUUUAGGGAUCGGAGGGAAACUCCUGCAAGGGGUCACCGCCAAUCCCAGCGGCGGCGUCGGUGGGAGCAGCCCCGGUCCCAGCCCGGGCAACGCCACGCACUGCGGCGAGCAGAUCCUGAGCUACGGCAACGUGGAGAAAGUGGUGAUCGGGGCCGCCUUGACGCUCAUCACGCUGCUGACCAUCGCGGGCAACUGCCUGGUGGUCAUCUCGGUCUGCUUCGUCAAGAAGCUCCGCCAGCCUUCCAACUAUCUCAUCGUCUCGCUGGCUUUGGCCGACCUGUCGGUGGCCGUGGCCGUCAUGCCCUUCGUCAGCGUCACGGACCUCAUCGGGGGCGAGUGGAUCUUCGGCAGGGCCUUCUGCAACAUCUUCAUCGCCAUGGACGUGAUGUGCUGCACCGCUUCCAUUAUGACCCUCUGCGUGAUCAGCAUCGACAGGUAUCUUGGCAUAACUAGACCUCUCACCUAUCCCGUAAGACAAAAUGGAAAGUGUAUGGCUAAAAUGAUUCUUUGCGUGUGGCUGCUGUCUGCUUCCAUCACUUUGCCCCCGCUGUUUGGAUGGGCUCAGAAUAUUAAUGACAACAAAGUCUGUUUAAUCAGCCAGGAUUUUGGCUACACAAUUUAUUCCACUGCUGUUGCAUUUUACAUCCCCAUGUCAGUGAUGCUGUUCAUGUACUAUCAGAUCUUCAAAGCUGCCAAGAAAAGUGCAGCCAAACACAAAUUUGCCGGUUUCCCGAGACCCAACGAACGCCAAGGGAUGGUUUCCGCCAACGGCGUGGUGAAACUGCACAAGGAAUCCGAAGAGUGCACCAAUUUUUCACGUCUGCUUAAGCAUGAACGGAAGAACAUUUCUAUCUUCAAAAGGGAGCAAAAAGCAGCCACCACCCUUGGAAUAAUUGUAGGGGCCUUUACCGUAUGCUGGUUGCCAUUUUUCAUCCUUUCUACUGCUAGACCCUUCAUCUGUGGGACCUCGUGCAGUUGUAUCUCUUUGUGGAUUGAGAGGACAUUUCUCUGGUUGGGUUAUGCCAACUCUUUGAUUAACCCAUUUAUAUACGCCUUCUUCAAUCGGGACCUGAGGACCACCUACCGCAAUCUGCUGCAAUGUAGAUAUAGGAACAUCAAUCGUAAACUCUCGGCUGCAGGCAUGCAUGAGGCCCUGAAGCUUGCCGAAAAACCAGAGUUUGUUCUGAGGAACUCUGAUUACUCAAGACGGAAGAGCCACGACUUAUGAUUGAAUGCUGAUGGUCAUAUAUGGACAUGGGACUGAGAAUCAGUGGAAAUUGCUGCAAAUCCAGGCCUUGAAGAAAACCUGUAGGGUGAAUAAAAUCGACUUUUGCGAGGGAAUGUUGUAAAGGAAGUUUAUGAACAUUGGUUUAGCAGUAUUAAAUGUAAUCCUGCCAAUCCCAGUGACAUUUUUCUUUUUUCCUUUUCCCUAUUUUGUUUCUCUUAGCGGAACACAUGCUAGCCGUUCAUAAAUAAGCCCCUUUUUAUUUGUUUCGUAAAGCAAAUAACAUUAGCAAUAAGUAGUUUGGCCAUAAGGGGAAUGGCAGACAAUCAGCUCUUUUGAGGAACGUCCAACAUUGUUCCAUCAGUCUUUUAACUUUAACAAAGGUCCUCGCGUAAAUUGUCCUCCGAUCUAGCAGUGUCUACUGGGAAAGCGAGGCGAAGGCACAGGGGUGGGCUUCAAA